GCGGUGGGGGCGGAGAGAAGCCGCAGCUGCAACUGCGCCUGGAGCCUCUGAGCCUGGGCUCAGCCGGGGACCCAGCCGGCGUCAGCGCGGAGCCACCGCUUCCCCGUCCCGGACCUCAAAACAGCCGGCUCGGCUAUGGCAGCCGCCGCCGCCGCGGCGAAUCUGGCCCCUGCGCUCCUCGGCCGACGCUGAGCGGCCGUUAGUCAGCCAGUCCGCUCGCUCGCCGACUCGCCGGUGCCGCCUCGGCCCAGGUUCCGCACAAGUUUCCGCCGCCGAAGAAGCAGGAGGCGAAGGCAGGGGAGGACGGAGAGGUGGGGAGUCGGGCGCCCCUAGCCCACCCGGCACUCCCGCCAGCGAUGUGGGGGCGCUUCCUGGCCCCGGAGGCCGGCGGGCGGGACAGCCCCGGCGGAGCCCGCAGCUUCCCGGCGGGCCCAGAUUGUUCUUCAUCAGCAUGGUUACCUGGUAAUGAAUCAUCGUGGCAGGCCACAACUGUUCCAUCUAACCAGCGAAAUAACCAUAUCAGGAGACAUAGUAUAGCUUCCGACAGUGGUGACACUGGCAUUGGAACUUCCUGUUCUGACAGUGUGGAAGAUCAUUCAACUUCAAGUGGCACAUUAUCUUUUAAGCCUAGUGGAUCAUUGGUUGCUCUUCCUACAGCCCAUGUCAUGCCGUCUAACUCCAGUGCUUCAGUUUCCAAACAUAGGGAAUCAUUGACAUCAGAUGGCUCAAAAUGGAAUGUAAGCCUCAUGCAAACACUGGGAAACCAUGGUAGGGGGGAGCAGGACCCUUCACUAGACAUGAAGGACUUCAGGCCCCUCCGGAAAUGGUCAUCUUUAUCCAAACUCACUGUUCCAGAUAACUACAGCCAGAGUGGCAUUCUGCAUACGGAAGAGUCAGGGAGUGGUUUGGAAAAGACAAGGAGAGGCAAAGCUUUAACAUCACAACUAAGGACAAUUGGACCUAGCUGCUUACAUGAUAGUAUGGAGAUGCUUAAGCUAGAGGACAAGGAGAUAAAUAAAAAACGAUCAACUCUGGACAAUAAAUAUAAAUUUGAGAGCUGUAGCAAAGAGGACUUUAGAGCUUCUUCCUCCACUCUUAGGAGACAGACCUUAGACAUGACAUAUAGUGCCUUACCUGAAAGCAAGCCCAUUAUGACAAGCUCAGAGGCCUUUGAACCUCCGAAAUAUUUAAUGCUUGGUCAACAAGCAGUAGGUGGAGUUCCCAUUCAGCCUUCUGUGAGGACGCAGAUGUGGCUUACUGAGCAGUUGCGGACAAAUCCUUUGGAAGGUAGAACUACAGGGGACUCUUACAGUUUAGCUCCUUGGCAGCAGCAGCAAAUUGAAGAGUUUCAACAAGAAAGUGAAACACCAGUGCAGGUUUUAACUGGAUCAUCUCGUCAAAGUUAUUCACCUUCUGGCUAUCAGGAUUUCAGUAAGUGGGAAUCAGUGCUGAAAAUAAAAGAAGGACUACUAAGGCAGAAAGAACUUGUAAUUGAUCGGCAAAAGCAACAAAUUACUCACCUACAUGAAAGAAUAAGGGAUAAUGAAUUACGAGCACAACAUGCCAUGUUAGGACAUUAUGUAAAUUGUGAGGAUUCUUAUGGGGCUACUUUGCAGCCACAAUAUGAGAACACUUCCCUCCAGACUCCAUUUUCAGAUCAGUCAGCAUCCCAUUCCCAGCAAGACGAGCUUGAGCAAAAACUCGCAUCUACUGAGAAAGAGGUUUUACAGCUCAAUCAGUUUCUCAAACAAAGAAUAAGCCAAUUUAGUGAAGAGAAGAAGAAACUGGAGGAAAAGCUUAAAACCAGAGAUAGAUACAUCAGUAGCCUGAAAAAGAAAUGCCAGAAGGAGGCUGAACAAAAUAAAGAAAAGCAGAGGAGAAUUGAGACCUUGGAAAAGUAUCUAGCUGAUCUUCCAACUCUUGAUGAUGUGCAGAGUCAGAGUCUACAGCUACAAGUUCUAGAAGAAAAAAAUAAGAAUUUGCAAGAAACUUUGAUAGAUAUGGAAAAAGAGCUUGAAGAGUUCAAAAAGCAGUGCCAAGAAAAAGAGGCACAGCUAAUAUGCCAGAAAAGGAAAGAGAAGGAGUUGGUGACUACAGUUCAGAGUUUGCAGCAAAAAGUAGAAAGAUGUCUUGAAGAUGGAAUUCGCCUUCCCAUGUUAGAUGCAAAACAGCUUCAGAAUGAAAAUGAUAACCUGAGAGAACAGAAUGAGAAUGCUACUAAGAUAAUAGACAGCCAACAAGAUGAGAUUGACAGAAUGAUUUUAGAAAUUCAGUCUAUGCAAGGGAAACUUUCUAAAGAAAAAUUGACUACUCAAAAGAUGAUGGAAGAGCUAGAAAAGAAAGAAAGGAACCUACAGAGAUUAACACAAACAUUGCUUGAUAACCAAAGACAAACAGAAGAGACCUGCUCUUUGUUGGAUCAGGGCCAGGAAGUAGAACAAGCCAGGCAGCAGACUGUUCUUUCCAAAAAGCCACUGUUUGAUUUGAGUGUGAUCGAUCAGCUGUUCAAGGAGAUGUCCUAUUGUUUGUUUGACUUGAAGGCAUUGUGUAGUAUUCUUAAUCAGCGUGCUCAAGGCAAGGAGCCUAAUCUUUCAUUGUUACUGGGAAUCAGAUCAAUGAACUGUUCAGCGGAAGAGACAGAGAAUGACCAUAGCCCAGAAACACUCACUAAGAAACUGUCGGAUGUGUGCCAGUUACGGAGGGACAUAGAUGAGUUAAGGACUACACUGUCAGACCGCUACGCUCAGGACAUGGGAGACAGCUGUGUCACCCAGUGACCAGCGUGGGCCCCACUGCAAUAACAACCCACUGUUAAAUGCUGCUGAGUCACGGUUCUUGUUUCUUUUUAGGAGCCACGAUGGAAAGGUGCAAGUGACGUGUGGCUUGCACAGGGGUUUUCUUUCUGUGGAUUUGUUCUGUUGGGGAGGAACUGGGAUGUGAGGAGGUUUCGAAGGGGCUUAUCUAAUCAGGCCAAAAAAGUUAAAUUACCAUUUGAAAAAUGUGAUAAAAUGUAUAAGAAGAAAAAAUUCUGUAUUCUCAAACUACUGAUUGUAGGACCAAGCUGUGAAGAGUACCCUUCAGAUAAAGGGGUAGGAUUUCUUUUAAUCCUGUAGUUUUGUGGAUGUGUGUGUGGAUGUGUGUGUGUGUGUGUGUGCACGCGUGCAUACGUGUUUAUUCACAAAAUUAUAAGGAUUUCUGGAGUCAAAGCAAAGCUUCUGAGAAAGGCACACACUGUAUUUUUGUGCUUCUUUUCUUUAGUGUGGAAGCUUGUGUUGUACUUGGGUUUUUCAAGGGCUUGCUGAACAAGAGUUCCCGCAGCAGGCAGGUGUUCUGACAGUAGUGCAGCAGGCAAAACCGUCUGUGUUCUGAACAGCCACUGUGCUGAGAUGGUGAGGUGGUGUGUCUGGGUUGAUUUUAGUACUGUAGAUAGGUCAGCUGUUUUUCCAGAGUGAUUGUGAAUUGCCUAAGUGGUGUGAAAUUUUGAUGUGAUGGUUUUUCCCAUUAGCAUUGUAAUUUAUGUAUUACAAGGCAACUUAACAUAAUCUGAAGUAAUUUUAACAUGUCCCUCACUAUUUACAGUUUUUUAUUUAUAUGUUUAUAUAUAUAUCAGUGUAGACAAAGCCAUAGUAAUUAAUGCAAACAUAAGGCCUCAGAUCAUUAUUGUAAAAGAAAGAUUAACAAAGUGACUCUGGAACAAUAGCUUAUUUAUCCGAAUCUCAAAUGUUUACAUUUUAACAGUUUUGUAUCUGUUUUAAAGUUGAAACUACUUUAAGAAAAAAACCAACCUGUAUUCUUUAUAUCUGAAUUAUUGCUAGCAUAGCAUAAAACAAAAUCUAAACCUAAGUGAUACUGCAAUUUCUUUUAUUAGGUAAAGUAUAUUAAAAAAAAACAGGGUUCUUCAUAGAAUAUGAACUUGGUCAGGUUAGUUCUUCUUUUGGAGUACAGGAUAUCACUAUGAAAUGCAUCUGGUUUUUAAUCAUUUAAAUGAUUUAAACUUCCAAAUGAGUAUUUCCAUGUUUUAUUUGGUAUUUUGGAAGGACUGUAUAUUUUAUUGCCCUCAGAGCAUUCAGUACAUUUUUUUAAAAUGUACUUAGGUAGGUGAUCAUUGUCCUUUACAAGUUGGUUUUGAUUUCCUGAUGCAACCAAGUCUCAUUUAGGUCAGGACUAAAUAACAUGUAGAAGGGAGGAGGGAUGUUAGUCAAGCAGGAUAAUAAUGUUUUGCGCAAGAGCAGAGCACAUGUCUGUUUGCUUGCCAGGCUUCUGUACUGGUUGGUAUAAAGGCUGCUCCUGGAAGACUGUGCCCCUGAGUAGUCUCCGCAUUGAAAACGUGUGGGGUAAGGCCUUCAAGGAAACCAGCCAGGAGAACAUUCACUUCAGAAUUUGGCUUUUGUAUGGCUCUCUGUAGUUAUUUUAUAGUUACAUUUCAGCAAAGUUAUAAUGCUUUGUAAGGACGUCAAACUUUCCUUCUAGUCAGUCCUCCCUCCCUCCUUACUUCCUAGGAUCUGGGCAGUGGAUAUCAGUGCAUUGUCCUGAUUCCGCAUCCCAAGGUCCCUAACCUAAUAAGAAGGGACUUAGUCACUGGCAAGGACUUGGUUUUCUAAUGUGUUCAUUUGUUUUUGAAUGUUAGUGGUUUGAAGACAAUCAGGGAGUAUUUGUACCAAAAAUCUGAUACAAAGAAUUCUGCCUUGUAAAAAUUAGUAUCUGUGAAAAUGGCCCUUUACAGUAAAGCAGAUAAUGGCAUCUGAAAUAAAUAUUACACAAGUGCAGGACACAACAUUUUUACAGUCUCUGGAUAGAGUCUCCUCCCCCACGCCCAGUCUCCACAGUUUUGGAAAUAAAGGUCCCCUAAAAUGGCAAUGAUAAUGGGCAGGUAAUCACUGAAUUGGGUCACUAGGGUCUGACUUAAAUGUAUACUUAAAUGUGUAUGUUUGGGGGUUUAUGGUUAUUAUUUUUGUUUAGCCAAACUUUUGGUCAUUGGUUUUGAUUACUGUAGAUAAUUUUGUUUUCUGGCUUAGUUGGGAUAAAAAUAAUUUAUAUUUUAAAAAAAAGUUAGCAUCCUAAAACUUCAAUACUUUGACUUAAUUCACAUAUCUUGAGAUAAAAAAUAAUUUUAACUUAGUAGGAAAUUAACUGACUACUGCUGGUGUAUUUCAGUUUCCACAAUGUAUGCUCCCCAUAAAAAAGGGAAUUAAGAUGUGAUAGUUGAAGUAUAACCUUGAAUUACAAAUCUCUUGGAGUCUGGGUUUUGUCAGGGGGCCCAGAUGAUAAUAAAUAGAGAGCCUUGGUGCACAUUUUGGGGGAAAUAAGACUAGUAAUAUUCUAAUUUGUCAGUAUUUAAUUUUGAUUUUUAUUUCUCAGAAAAUUCCCCUUUCCCAAGGCAGCCUCUUGUGUUAGAAUAGUAAUAAUACUGGUAUCUCAUUAAAAAUAAAGAUUUUACUAUUAAGCUAGGUAAGAUGGGCAAAUAGAUACACUAUAGUAUCUUGUCCUCAUUUGAACUAGGAUGUUCUUGGAAGUUAUUACAGUGAUUUUUUUGUCUGAAAUGAAAAUUAACCUAAGUUUUAAAGUAAGUCUGUUUGGAAAUUUGCUUAAGUAUUGACUAGGUAAGCCAUGCUUGAACUUUAAAAAAAAAAGGUAUGGCCCCUUUUUAUAUUUGAAAUAGGAUUCAAUAUUUAAUGUUAACAGUAUUUUAUUUUAGUGAAAUUUGUUUUGGUCACAACAAUUUCUUAAACUGAAUUCGACUUCUUUCAGUAACUUGUUAGAGACAAUCUCAAGGACUAGAAAGUAUUGCUAAAAUGGAUAUUUUAUAUUUCAGACUUACUAAUCAGCUUAAAAAUUAAUUUUGUCAUAGUUCAAGACAUUAAUAGGAAUCUCUUAGAGGGCACUUUGAAAGGAACUACUUUAUUGGGAAAAUGUUCUUAAAAUAUCAGUAAUAGUUCAUUGCAUAACAUAGUAGCUGAGAACUUAGAUUAUGUUGUUAAUUGCAUAGUUCAGCUCAGGCCCAUCAUUAGUUUGGAUUAUUGGCGUUCUCUUAUACAGAUUUCUGUCACUGUAGAUAUGUAAUUAUGGUAAUAAGCAAUUCUCAUAACCAUGCUCACUUAGACUGUGUCAUUUGAAACUGCCAGCAGCUAGAGCUCUCAGAGCCAAAGUUAAUUCAUUUUGUUUCCCUUUUUGACAUUUUUUUUUUGGUGUUCACAAAACAUAAAAUUUCUAUCUUCACCCCAAUAUGCCAUGAUGGAAAUUGCUGUAUGAUAAUAUUAUAUAUUUAAUCAUAAAGAGGGAAAAGUUUUGGAUUUUUUCUUAUUUAAAAGAAGUAUUGAGUAUAUUAAGAAUGUAGUUUCAAAUCAGUAAGUCAUUAACAACACUUGCAGCUGCAUACAGAGAGAACCUUCUGUGCCUUUUGCCUGCAGUAAGCAUUCAUUUCUCUUCUACGUGAGCUGUAAGAAUGUAGAUGAUUAUUGCACCUUGUUCUUCUGUAAAUAGAUUUGAUUAAGGAUUUUUUUUUAAAGCAAGGAGCAGUUUUUCAUUACUAGGUAGAUACCUUAGUAAACAUGAGAGGAAGCAUCAGAUAUACGUCUUUGGAGCCCAGCCUUUUCCCUGUUUAGUAAGUGGGAACCUCCUUUGGAAUGUAGUCAUUUGUGUGUAUAUGUGUGUACAUAUAUGUAUAAAUAGUUAUUUAAAUACAUAAACAUAAAAUUCAUCAUCACAUUGGUGUGAUGACAAGUAGUAGGUGCUAGGUGGUUACAUUAAAAGCACAGCAGAGUGUAUAAAAUCAGUCACUAUGACUGGUGGUUUCUGUAAACUAGGUUCAGUUUUUGAACCACUCAGAAUACCUCAUGUGUAAAUACAAUGGUCAUGACUUAAUCGGAAUACACUUAUUGUAAAAAGAAUGUGAAGCCACUGGUUGGCUUAUGCCUUCUGAUCUAUAAUUCUUGCCUCUUUUUUUGUAAAGGGGUUGUUUUUUUGUUUGUUUGUUUUUGUUUUUUAAUAGGGUUUACAGCUAGAAUUUUGAAUGCCAAAGUUAUAUUUAUUAAAUAAAAAAAAGUUUUCAAUGUUAACAGCUAAGUAUUUUUCCACUGGACUAUUGUUUGUUGAUGUUGGAAUUUGUAUUUACAGAGAAAUAAAUUUUUUAUAAAAAGA